AUGAUGUCAUCACGAAUAAUCUCACUGCAGCCUUCGUUCCAUUUAAAUUUUAAGCAGUCGUAAUUCUGCAACAGAAUGGAUAUCACGUGGGUGCUGCUUGCGAUUCUAUUAGCUUGCAUAGUAAUAUAUAGGUAUUUGACAUUAACUUACAAUCACUGGAAAAAACAAAAUGUACCAUCUUUACCAAAUCCGUUGCCAGGAUUCGGACACAUGUGGCCAGUUAUUUCCCUUAAAAAUAGUUUAAUGACGUUUGCUGUGGAUGUGUAUGAAAAUUCGAAAACUAGUAUGGUUGGUUUUUACUUUAUGCGAAAACCAGGUCUAGUUUUAUGUGAGCCGGAACUAGUAAAGAGUGUUAUGGUUACAAACUUUUCAAAUUUCAGUGCCAACGGUAUUGUGUUGAAUGAAAAAUCAGAUCCUGUGUUAGCGAAAAAUCCUUUUUUCAUUGCUGACCCUCAUCGAUGGAAACAGUCAAGGGCCCGUGCGAUAGGCAACCUAUCAAGUAAAAAUAUAAAAUCACUUCUUAACAUUGUUAAAGAUGUGUGUCAAAACAUGAACGAUUACGUUGAUCGUAAAAUUAAAGAAAAUAAUGAUUCAUUUGAAAGUGAACUGAAGGAUACCUUUACUCGAUAUACUUCGGAAAUAGUGGCAAAUUGCGCAUUUGGAAUGGAAGGACAUAGUUUCGAAGAUAAUCCAGAUCCGUUGGCAUUCGUCAAUAUUACUAAGACACUUUUUGAACCAAAUUUCAUGAAUGGCAUCAAACAAGCCUUAGUUUUUUAUUUGCCAGCUUUAAGUAGUGCAAUUAACGUAAGCUUCAUAGAACCAAAGACGGAUAAAUAUUUUCGAGAAAACUUAAAACUUAUAAUCAAACAGAGAAGACAAGCAAAUCUGAUGCAAAAUGACUUUCUUCAAUUUUGUUUACAAUCAAAUCCUGAAGAUGACUUAGAUAGUACUAUAGCUGACAUUUUGAUAUUUUAUGUUGACGUUUAUGAAACAUCGAGUACAGUUUUAGCCAUAUUGUUUUAUCAUCUUUCACAAAAUCAGGAAGUACAAGAUAAACUUCGUUCUCAUAUUGUUUUGUCAAAGGAAGCUAACAAUGGAGAAAUAACGUACGAAUCUUUAAAAGGUAUGAAUUAUCUGGACCAAGUGAUAUCAGAGUCGUUACGGACACUGCCACCAGUAUUCGCACUAAAAAAAGAAUGUACCAAAGAAACGACUCUCACGGGAUCCGAUGGCCUACAGUGUCACGUUCGUCCUGGCACUGUUAUUAUGAUACCACUAAUGGGAUUGCAAAAUGACAGUAAAUAUUGGGAUAAGCCUCACGUUUUUGAUCCUGACAGAUUUAAUCCCGAAAAUCAUGCGAAUCACCGCGAAGGAGCCUAUUUGCCAUUUGGUGAUGGGCCUAGAAUGUGCUUAGGUAGACGACUGGCACUUAUGUUGGUGAAAUUAGCUGCAGCCACAUUAUUAACAAAUUACUCAAUAGAAAAUUCUGCAAAAAUGAAGACACCACUUGAAUUGGAAGCUACUUCAAUUGUAACUUACAUCAAAGGAGGUUUAUGGGGAAAAUUCAAGAGACUUUCAAAAUAUACAUUAACUAAAUUUUUUGGGGAGAAGUUGGUGCAGAAAGAGACGAAAAUGCAGUUUAAAAUUUUUCAGUAUCGCGACGGCAGCACAAUGGAACUGUUCCUUUCGUUGUUAAUACUAAUAGUAUUAACAUUAGUUACAUAUUGGUUUGCAACAAGACACUACAAUUAUUGGUCAAAACAACAUGUGCCAUUUCUCUCUAAUCCUGUGCCCGUGUUUGGUCACAUGUUGCCCAUUAUUACUUUAAAACAAAGCAUGAGUACGUUCAGCAAAAACGUGUAUAAUAAAACUGACGCAAGUGCAAUUGGUAUUUACUUCGUGCAGCGGCCUGGCUUGAUUAUCCGCGAUCCAGAAUUGGUGAAAAGUGUUUUGCAAACACACUUCAAUAGUUUCCACAACAACGGACUCCACUUGGAUAAAAACGUUGAAAAAGUUUUUUUGAAACAUCCAUUCUUCGUUACUGAUUUAAGCACUUGGAAAACGGAAAGGACGCGAACUGGCAGUCACCUAACGGGCAAAAAAUUGAGACAUCUCUUCGUGAUUAUAAAUGAAGUAUGUUCUAAAAUGGAUGAUUACAUCGAUAGAAAAAUAAAGGAGAAUAACGGCUCCCUCGAGUGCGACUUGAAGAAAACUUUCUUGAAAUAUACAGGUGAGAUCGUAGCAAACGCCGCCCUUGGAAUCGAGGGACAGUGUUUCAUUGACGAGCCUGACAAAUUAUCCUUCUCAAGUGUGGUAAAACUGGUACUCACAUCAUCGUUGAUCAACGGCAUCAAGCAGGCCUUGGUGUUCUAUCUGCCAAGUGUCGGAAAUUUCCUGAAGGUGAGUUACCUCUCUGAAAGGGCAAAUAACUACUUUCGAGAUAACAUCCUGGCCGUCAUGAAGGAGAGAAAACUGUCCAACAUCAAGCCAGACGAUUAUCUGCAAUUCAGCAUAGACGCAAGCGGCGAGGAUGACAUCAACAGAAUCAUCGCCGACGUUAUGAUCUUCUACGGUGAUGUGUACGAAACUUCGAGCUCGACCCUAUCCGCGUUGUUCUACUUUCUCUCGCAGAACAAAAAUAUACAAGUUAAGCUGCGCCAACACAUUCUCGACGUGCUCAAAAAGAACAAUGGAGUUGUGACCUACGAGUUGUUGAAGGACAUGAACUACUUGGAUCAGGUGAUCUUCGAGACAUUACGUUACUUGCCACCCUUUGGCACUCAGUUCAAGGAGUGCACCAAGGAAAUCACGCUCAUGGGAUCGGAUGGGCUGAAGUUCCACCUGAAACCGGGUGACCUCGCCUUCAUACCAGUAUUGGCUUUGCACAUGGACGAAACGUACUGGCCCGAUCCAGAAACCUUCGACCCGGAGAGGUUCAGUCCAGAAAACGUGGCCAGUCGCCAUCAAUUCGUUUACCUGCCCUUUGGUGAGGGUCCGAGGAUGUGCAUUGGGAUAAGACUGGGGAUGAUGUUGGUGAAAAUCGCGGCAGUGAAUCUGCUUAUCAAGUAUUCCGUAGAAAACUCGGAAAAGACAAGGAGGCCUUUGGAGUACGACCCAGCCUCGUUGAUAAUGUACAUCAAAGGUGGACUUUGGGGUCGUUUUGAAAGGUUGAACCGCAAUGAUUCUACCUAAUUCCAUGGCCUUUUUCGAAAUAACAUUUGUGUGAAUCGGUCAUUUGAAUAAAUAUGACAAAAAAACGAUAAAUUU